GAUUAGGAGUAACCCUAUCGCCAUAGCCAGCUGACAAUUUAGCUUCCUUCCUCCCUUCCUCCUCCCACAACUGCAAGAGAACGAGCCUGCAGUUAAAGCUUCCCUCCUUCCUGUGUUCAAUCAGUGCCUCAGUCUUCUUCAGAUACAAGAAGAGCUAGCUAAAAAUUACUAGCUGAGAUGAAGCACCACAACAGCAGACACCUUCCUCAAUCUUCACCGUCUGAUCACCCUUCUUUUGCCUCUGACCAUGGGUCGGCGAUGAAGGAAAUCGCCAGGGGGCAGUCUCUAGUGACGCAGCUGAGGGCCAUCGUCCUUCCUGCGCUGCAAGCGGACCAACGCUGCGAGCUUGUUGCCCAGAUGUUCCAGAACAUACUGGAUUGCUCCAGCAAGGCCAUAACUGAGCUGCAGCUGCAGCAUCAGUCUGAUGAUGACGCACUGGUGGAUGACAAGAAGAGAGUGAGGAGGAUUUCUUCUGAUGACUGCACCAAGGAGGAGGGUGCUACUGCUAACCCCCGUCAUCAGCACAAGAGAAGGAGGUCUGAUGAUUUGGUGUCACUGGAAACACCUGUUCCGCACUAUGAUGGCCGCCAAUGGAGAAAGUAUGGGCAAAAGCACAUCAACAAAGCGAAACAUCCAAGGAGCUACUACAGAUGCACCUACAGCAAGGAACAAGGCUGCAAAGCAACAAAGACGGUGCAACAGCAAGACGAAAGCACAGGUACUGAUAAUCCCGUGAUGUACACAGUCGUCUACCACGGCCAGCAUACCUGCAAGGACAACAAUGGCGUUGACUCAGGCACUGAUGAGUCUGAAACAAACACCCAAAGCAGCAGUGACAGACGAUCUAGCAUAUCGAUCACCUCUACAGAUCCUUGUGAUCAUCAGAUAUCCCUAGGUGACAAUAAGCUGAUCGGAAAAUCUGCAGACUUGGUCACAAAGAGCCUGUAUGAGCCAUUGAACAUGAACCCGUUUGCACCCUUAGAUUUGGACUGUUGGGAGUUGGAUGCACUCCUAAGAUUUCAGUUGGAGCCUGAUAAUUGAGGUAUCAACUAAAAGCUAGUUUGAUAAGACAUGAUAUGAUCCAAAGAGAGAUAUUAAUAAAGUAUAUAUAUCUCAUCAGAUGCC